CGAGUCUCGAGAUUGCCUGUCAAAAUUUUCAACUCCAUUCAAAGGCAGGAAAGAGGGGACCCAGAGCACAGUUUCCACAGUUUCAUUCAAAAGACGGUACGAACAUAAGUGCUCGUUUUUAUUCUCUGUUGAACAGCGACAGCCAGUACCUCAAACAUGAGAUCUUCAGUUUCUCAAAAUAACGAGUCGUCAACUGCCCAAGUAUAUUUUCUAACUGACAAAAUAUAUCUCCAAAAUAAUGAGUCUCAUACUGAUGAAAUAUCUUUUGAUUAUGAUAAUUCGUCAAAUGAUGGAGUAUACCAUGAAAGUUCCCCGGUGUCUCGCGGUGAAAACGUCGUACCUCAUCCUAUUUGUUCUAUUAAUUCUCCGAACCUACACUCAAAUUCUAUUCAGGAGAGACACGAUUCGUCACAAAAGUCAAUGAUUGACAGCAAGGAAAAAGAUCAUUCGCCGGAUUCUUUCUCUACUUCUGAACCUCGAAACUCAAAUACUGGAAAUGCUGAGGCCAUCAAUGACAUCCUGAAGGAGUUCAAUGGAAAUGAGAACAAAGAGCCUGACAAUUUGAAAUCGCUGAUUGUUUUAGAUGUAGACACUCUCCAUAGUACAGUGAAUUUAAAUUCGUUCUAUUUCAAUGACAGAAAAGAAAGCACAAGGAGAAAAAGUCUCCCUGAUAUCAGUGACCUUGAAGUAUACAACACACCCAGAAAUAACUUGGGACAUAUCUAUAAAAAGCGCAAGAGUGACAAGUCACGUCGUGGUUCCAUUUUCAAGAAUCGGUCCCAGGAUCAAAAAGACGUAAGUUCUUUUUCCAGUACGCCACGCCAAGCCUUGGCCCCACAGAAGGAAUCCUUCUAUUCGAAGUAUACGUCUUGCCGCUGGCGACUGGCGUACAUGUGCUUUCUAGCUCGAUUCAUUCAGACAGCACUCCGGCAGUUGAUGGGGGUGGCAGUGCUAGGGAUGACAUUUCCCCAUGAAAUCCCAAGCAGGAACGCGACGAGCAACUUCACCUCAUAUCAGACAGUUCCGAAAACGCCACUGAACACGCCAUGGCGCAAGGUGAUGAGGUCCCCCGCCGUGUGGGCCAUCUUGACAGGUCACGUGACACACAAGUGGGUGUUGUCCUUCAUGCUGUCCUACAUGCCACGAUACUUUGCAGAUCUCUUUGAUUUCAACUUUGAGAUGGUAAUGGAUUGGCAUUUUUCUUGUCCCACUUCGGUUUUGGACAAAAUUAUUAGGGGUGGCUGCAUCGAAUAACACUGGUGUCUAAAAAACAAGGACACAUUUAAGAGACAAUAACUCGGUCAUCUUUGGUCUAGUUUUAACAAAACUUCGAACAAGCAAAUUUCAACAAAAAGGGGAUCAAAAUAUGUAUUGGUAAGAGGAAAAUCAAUCAACUUGUUUAAGAAGUAUCAAGUUUUUAA